AUGGCACGUAUGUCAAUGCUUUUCAUUAUGUUAUUGCUGCAAGUGGCGCUUCUUGCGUCCUGCGCAGCAAAGAGGACGUCAGUAGCGGACGAGUCAAUCUUCGACUCAACUAACGGGACCAACUUGUGCGGAAUUAUGCUUGCAGUUGUGGCCGUUUUCGCCGGUAGUGGAAUGGUUGUUGUCGGCUAUCGCUUCAUGUAUGAGACUGUUUUCACCAUUGGGUUCGCUCUUGGUGCCAUUGGCAUUGCUGUGACUACGGAGCGCAUGCUUGUCGACAAGUCCUUUUGGCGUGCCGGUUCCUGGGUCGCAUUCGUUGUAGGUGGUGCAAUAUGUGGUGGCAUGGCCAUCUGGGUCCAUCCAAAGAGCAAUUUCAUCGCCGGUGUAGCGGGAGGCAUGACGCUUGCUAUGAUCGUAACCAACUCGGCAGGAUAUUAUGUCUUGCCUGGUCAUACGCACGAGCUGUUCACUAUUCUAUGUGUGGUCCUGGCCGUCGUGUUUGCAACGUUUGAACUCAAGUACGGCAAACCAAUGGACAUCGUCGGGAUCAGCACCUUUGGCGCUGCAAUCCUAGUGUGGGGUGUCAGCUUUUUCGUCGGCGACUUUCCAUUCUUGAACAACUUGGACAAGUACUCUACUCAUACCGCAGACGACGACCUGGUGUACACUAUUCGGUGGGGAUACCUCGCAGGAAUCAUGAUGAUCUCCGCCUUUGGCAUAGUCAUUCAAUUCCACAUAACCGGGUGCAGUGCCAUUGACGACGAGUUUGCAAGUUUUGGAACUAGCGGCUUUGGAUUCUCCAUUGAUGCCGUAUCGUACGUUGGAAACGAAAAGGAGCACCCGAACGUUUCUAUCACUGAUCAGUCUGCAAACAACACUACACGGGAGUCCGACUUCUUGCCAUCGUCGUACUCGAGUAUUCUGCAUCAAUCUUUCUGCCGACUUUACUCGAGAAACACGAAGGCAGAGUCAAGCAAUAAGAUAAAGUCGACGUUCUUGAAGAAGAGAAGUGAGUCUGUAGAGACUACAAACGCUCUGGAUUCGAGAGUAAGCUUGCAGUCACCACGAAUGAAUUACUUGCAAGGAGCAAGCAAAGAAGUGGAAUUUUAA